CACGGCAACCAAAAAGCAGCAAUUUCCUUGAAAACAGAGUGGACUACAAAAGGGGAAUUGCUGCUUUUUGGUUUGUGCGUGUCAACUAAGAGUCAAAAAGAAAAUGAGACACAUCGUUUUGAAGCUCUUUCUACUUUCCGGUCUGCUGAAAGUUAGCUUUUGUCAGUUCAAGGCAUUUUAUCCUUCGUACCUGCGGACUGUGAAAGGCUCGUGCGUUUAUAUUCCGUGCACGUUCACCCUGCCCCCUUCAGUGGACAUACACUUGGAUGGCACUUGCGGCGUUAUUUGGUCGCACGUCGUCGCCCCUGGCUUGACAGUUGGUGAGUUCGACUCCCGUUAUACGAGGGAUGAGAAUAUUGUAUUUGGCCGCCUCAAGGGAAAUGUCGUUGGGAACUUGCUGGAAAAAAACUGCAGCACCAUCCUGGAAGAUGUGUCGCAACUCAAGGGCAUAAAAGAAUUACGCUUCAGGCUGGAGUGUAACAACACACUCAGGUUCAGCUUUCGCGAAUCAGUUCGUUUUGAAUUUCAAGAUGAUCAACCCCCGGUGGUUGACUUUCCGCAAUUGGUUCAGGUCGAGGAGGGUACUGCGCUGAAUUUAAGCUGUAAGGCGCCAGUUUUUUGCCCCACGUCGCCACCGCUCCUGACGUGGGGACCGCAGUUAGGCCCUGUCACACAGAUGGUGAAGGCAGAUGCCUCAGCGCUCAUGAAUUUUAAAGCUAUGUAUUAUUUACACAACGAUGUUGAGGUGAAAUGCAGUGCCUUCUACAAAGGGCAAGAAAGACCCAAUGGUUUCAUUCAAGGCGCGUGGAGGCUUCGAGUUUUGUUUGCCCCCAAGAUCCUGACAUACUCCUGCUCCCAAGACAUUGGUAACUGGACUCAGUGUUCCUGUGUCAGCAAGGCCAACCCACCACCUCGGAUUCAGUGGCAAUUGUUCGGAGUGUUUGUUAAUAAUACGUACGAGCGACUCAUCGGGUAUGAUUCCUUGGACCUCACCACCCGGAGAAGCUCCAUCCUCCUUCAGCCUCUGGACGGCGACGACGUACUGGAAUCACUGGUUUGCUUCAGCACCAACCAGCUUGGUGUAACUUCUUAUGCCUUCGGCAUAUCCUCACCCGCCGCGCAGAAAAAUGUGACGAUUCUGGUGCUUUCUGUCAUGAAAGGAGUGGUCGUGUUUCUGCUGUAUGUCCUUCUGCUCAUGUACAUUUACAGGUGCAUAAAGUCCAGAGGCAACUCUGAAGCCAGCAGAGGACAAGCGCAAAACACCGCAGACUCCAGGGUCAACAAUGAGAACAACCAGGUGGACACUGUCUACUACAACGUUGACACAGAGGCAGCGGGGGGCGACGGGCAGCUGCACUUCCCUCACGUCAACGUGACCGAACAACUUCAUUAAAUAAAUCAGGAAUACUCAACAUAACAAGUUACUUAAAAUAAUUGAAAUAUGUCUGCUUCAUUUCUUUAGUUAGCGUGAUUAAUAGGAUUUUUUUGAUAGUAUGGUAUCAUAAUACAGUCAUUCUUAGAUAUGUUGAUCAGCAUAAGACAAUCUAGCUGUGUUAUACCGUGUCACUGAGUAGGAUUAUGUACGGAGCCCCUAAAGCGACAUCGACAGAAAUCAAAUUUGAUCAAUCAGUGGUUCUGAUUGGUACCGCCACCGUCGGUACCAAUCAGAACUUCCUAAAAUCUAGGAUGUCCGGCGCAAUCCGGGACUGUUGACAACCCUAGUGGUGUGCAACAGAAAAAAUCUGGUAAACAUUAGCAUGGUACAGCAUUUAAGCAAGCAGGCUUUGCUAUGCAAGUUAGCCAAUUGUUCUUUUGUUGUACUUACCUCAUUUAUUUAUUUACUUAUAUCAUUUGAUGCUAAGCUCAAGCGCUAGUUGAGUCCAAGAUUGAAGUAAAGCUCAGCUAAAUCCUGUUUUAUCAUGUUUAUCGCGCCGAAACUGCUGGUGUCAGAUGCACACCUCAGCUUAGCCUCAAACGAUAUAAAAAUAAAUAAAUAAAUGAGGAUCCUACAAAAGAACAAUUGGCUAACUUGCAUAGCAAAUGCCGCUAGCGUAAAUGCUAUAUAAUGCUAAUGUUUACAAGAUUCUGGUGAUUGUUUCUGGUGCGCACUAGAAUGUUUAAAUUUAUCUAUCUCGGACGAUGCCCCUUCAGGGGCUCCGUAAUUAUGUGUAUCA